AUGAGCCGCCCGCUGGACCACGCAGACCAAAGACGAGCCCUGACGCUAAUCCCUCGACAAACUUCAGAUGUGUCCCGUAUCGAGGACGCUCAGACUGCAUCAUCCGACAGCGCCGCUCCGAUCAAUCACACACACUUCCGGGACGGGAAUGUCGAGGCGGCGGGAAAACACGUCGCGCUUGCCUGCUCCUACACGAGACGAGGCAGCGCGGAAAAGCCGGAGACCACGGCGCAUCUCAAGCAGGAGGCGGCAAGCUGGAAAAAACGCUCUCUGGACAGAUUUUUAGAGGAGAUUUAUGCUUGCCGCCUCCUGCUUGAGAUGCGCCGUGGUCUCCGGCUUUUCCGCGCUGCCUCGUCUCGUGUAGGAGCAGGCAAGCGCGACGUGUUUUCCCGCCGCCUCGACAUUCCCGUCCCGGAAGUGUGUGUGAUUGAUCGGAGCGGCGCUGUCGGAUCUGCGGAGGCAACGUCACGGGCCUUCACUCCCAAACGCACCCACUGA